UAUAAAACUCGCGAGAUGUCGAAUUCAACGAAAGGUACGGUUGUCGUGAAAAAAAGGGAACGCACGCAGAAUUGGGUACCGGAAGAAAAAAAAGCCUUGUUCAAUCUAAUAAAGGCGCACGUAAGCGCCAUAGAGAACAAGAAAAUUGACGCGGCAGCUUCUGCUCUGAAAACCAUCGCCUGGCAACAGGUCUUUGGAGCUUUUCAAGGACGGUUCUCGACUGAAAGAGAUGUCACACGGAUGCGGGAACAAUGGCGACGCAUGAAAGCACAGGCUAGACUCGAGAUGUACACUUUUGCUGAAAAGGUUCGGUCAUUGGGUCCAGAAGAGGCAUCAAAGAGCCGGCCAUCUAAUCUGUCCAUCGAAGUCUGGAAAUUAAUGGAGAACUCAAGAAAACAAAAUGACGAACCUGAGGCAUCUGAUGAUAAUACUCAAGCUGUAGAUGCAGACUUGAAACACCGCCAAGCUGUUCUCCCCAAUGUAGUCAAUAACUCACCUUCAGAGUUUUUUUUACUUAACUCUAAAAUCAACAACAGUAGUGACGAAUUCUAUAAAGUAAAUAAUGACAAUAAGCCCACAAACUGCAGCGAACUAUCUUUUGAACAGUAUAAACUCAGUGAACAACAGAAAAAGUCAAAUAACUUUGAGAGGGCUAAAGUUGAUGAGAAUUGGUUCAAAAACUUGAAACCUGAUGAAGUGAUGGAUGAUGAUGAGGGUAUGCCACAGCUUCAAGUAGAAAGUGAACAGCCUGGAAGUACGAAAAAUAUGAUAUGGAUUUUUGAAACAGUGCAGAAAGAACAUGACUUGAAGCUGAAAAUGCUGAACAUAGAGUUGGAGAGAGCCCAACUACGUAAGCAGAUUGCAUUCAAUGAGCUCAAGACCUCAAACCUCAAAAGACAACUACUCGAGGAUCAAGCUGUUGAGUUUUACAGCCAAGUGAGAAUGUCUGGUGAACCUGGUAGCGGUGCUGGCAAGGGAGGUGGUGGCGGUGGUACCAUCCGAGAGGCUGGUGGAGCUUUUGGAAAGAUGGAAGCUGCUCGUGAAGACCAGUAUUUUUACAAUCAACAAAAAGAUCAGCUGAACCAACUUCGUGAUGGUCUUCAUGAUGAGAUUUCAUUUCACGAAGAACAGAUCAAGCGUCAUCAAGAGGCGAUUGCUCGUCAUAAGAGCCGGAUUGGAAACAUUGAGAAGAAGUAAAAAUAUUUUGAUGAAAUCACCAGUAGCUCUGCCCUGCUAUCAAGUGAACUCAAUAACUUGAUAAAUAAUAAUAGUUAAUCCUAUCAUGAACUGUAAUUUUUCUAAAUAUUGAUUAUUGACAUAUUAUGUAGGAAUAAAAUAUACCGCUUUUGACAGUUUAAAAAA